AUGGCGGGAGGGCACGGCAACGGACACGGUAUCACCCAUGGCGGCCUGACGCUGCACCCGGCGGCACGCUGGCAUAAGGUCGUCGGUACCGGCAUGUGCGCGAUGAUGUGGUUCUGGAUUCUCUACCGCGCCAAGGAGGACGGCCCAGUAGUGCUGGGCUGGCGCCACCCGUGGGAGGGUCAUGGUCACGGACAUGGACACGGGCAUGGGCAUGGGCAUGGGCAUGCUGAGGCACAUGGGGAGGGACAUGCUCCUGCAGCAGCAGCGGCAAGCUCUGCUGCCAGCCAUUAA